AUGUCUUCAAUCCUAGUCGAAAAUGGGUCGGACCUUUGGUCUGUAUAUACCUUGGAUAGAGUUGGUCUGGGUCAGUUGCGCUACGUUGGCUUGCUAUGGGGAAUUCGUAAUCAACGGGUCAAUCUCAGAACAAAUGUGAGCUCGAUGAAGUCAAGUCAUACCUGGAGUCUGGUUUCAUCGUCUGGCAUAGGCUACAUUUUGACUGAUGUCCGUUUGGUGAUUGGGCCUUUUAUUUUGUUUGUUUUACAAGGGAUGAUGGCCCUUCGGGUGUACGUCUUACUCGAAAAAUCUAAGCGUGUCCUUGCAGUCCUUGUGAUCGGCUUCUUGGCUGCGCAAGCUGUCACAUUCUCUAUCGUCAUCUCUGAAAUGUUGCUUGUGCGUGGUGGAAGCAUUGUGACACCAGCUAAAGCAGCCAUUAUGGACGUCUCUCAGACAUUCCGCUGGCUCCAUAGGAUUGUUCAUUAUAAAACAGAGUCUGAUAUACUUUAUAAUUUAACAAUGAUUGGUCCGUGGAUGUUCCUCGGCCUUCGGAAGCAGAGCGAGAAAGCAACAGAGAGUCAUAACUUAGGGUCGGGUAACGGGACGACCUUGCACUUUGCAGACAUUAAUACUGCAGGAGAUGACAGAGCUUAG